AUGCGAUUUGGACUUGGAAAUUGCCAGCGAACAGAUGAUACACUUUCACUAAAAGGGAAAAGGCUGGAUUUUUAUGGAAGACGUGACACAUAUGUAAGCCUGACCAACAUCAUUCCUGAACUCAGCCGAUACACAGCAUGCAUUGAUCUGGUAUUCAUGGGUGACUAUUCAAGUUAUUGGAUGGCCUUCUCCUAUAUUACUAAUAACCCCUCCCUGGGCAGAAGCGACAUAGACCUUGGACUUGCAGGGGACCAUCAGCAGCUAAUACUAUACAACUUGGGCAAGACUUUUUAUAUCAGUUACCAUCUAAUUCCAUUUCAGUGGCAUACAGUAUGCUUGAUAUGGGAUGGUGUAAAGGGCAGGUUAGAGCUCUUCCUGAAUAAAGAACGGAUACUGGUAAUAACAAAUCGGCCACACAGUCUGACGCCUAAUGGGACGCUGGUCCUAGGACACUUUCCUAAGAAUGGAGUUGGACAGAUUAAAAGUUUGGUACCUCGCUUUACUGGCAGCUUGUACUAUUUUCAACUCUGGGACCACAUCCUGGAAAAUGAAGAAUUUAUGAAGUGUUUAGAUGGAAAUGUUGUUAGUUGGAAAGAAGAUGUUUGGCUUGUCAAUAAGAUUGUUCCAACUGUUGACAGAAGACUGCGCUGCUUUGUUUCAGAAAAUAUGACAGUUCAAGAAAUGAGUACAACUUUGUCACACCAAAUAGAGUUGACAACUCCUUCCCAAGUUACUGGACUAAAACCACAAAAGACUCUACAUUACUCUACUGUGAAGUCUAAAAGCAUGCCUGUAUUUGCAACUGAUUAUAUGACUAUAUUAUAUUCCAAUACAACAUUACCACCUUCGGAAACAACUACAUCAAAAAUUUUAAGAACAUCUAUAGCUAAAACAGAUACUUCCGCAGGAGGUGCUUUAUCUACUUCAGCAGCCACAACCCUGCCUACCCAGAAUACAUCCAUAUGCAAUGCCACUGAUUCCAUGAAAAUGACUAAAUCUCCAUCUUCAGAAAUCACAAGGACAACAAAAACAGUGGAAGCCGUGGCCACUAAGACCUUUCAUCCAAGUAUAGCUACUAAUUUCCUUUCCACAUCUGGAUUUACCAAGAAUUCAAUUGCAUCCCAAACUUCAGUGAUUGAAACUCAUUCAGUCAUUAUGAAGACAACAUCUUUAUUUUCAAGUAUUGAGUCAACAUCCAUGUCUACAGCAUCUUGGCCCAAACACAAAUCUACUGAUAUUGCAGCACUUCCUAUCUCCACAUCUGGACAAGAGUUUCUUGUGUCUUCAGCUGCUGGGACUGUACCUCGGUCCACAGUAGGAGGGACUUCAGCUAAAAGUACCAGCAUUAGGACUACAUCAGCAUUCACACCCAAGCCACUGCUUAUCUCCACAACUACUUCUGUGGAUUCUGUAUUUCCUAGAAAUGAGACAGCAUCUACCUUGGGAACAAUUGACAAGGCAAUACCAUUUACAAUUCAUUCAGUGAUGCCUACUGAGACCAUGCCUGCCCUAAUUACAGCAGAAACAGAAUUGACAUCUAUAAACUUCCAGAAUGUCUCUUCAUUCCAUGUGGAGGAUGCCAUAUCUACCUUUAUGCCGCAAGAGACCUCUUCUAUGGCCCUUUCUCUCAUGACAUCCUUUCCAAAUCCUGGAACUCAGAGUGGACAGUCGGGCACUGAUGCUGAGAGUUCACAUACAACCUUAACUCCUGGAAUCACACUUGGACCUGCAGUGACUGAAACUAUGCCCUCCCUCACACUCACAGGGCCAGUUUAUACCCAGAAUACACCCACAGCUGGUGACCACAUGUUCACUCUGAUUUCCACUCUAUCAGCUUCCACAUCUGAGGCAUUUGAAUCAGGCCCCACAUCUUUAACUGACGAAACUGCCCAUUGGUUUUCCUCCAAGGAGACAGCAUGGACUUCUAGGUCAGGCCAGACUCUGCUGACAUCUAUUAAUACAACUACCAUACUUACAUUUGUGCCUAAUGAAAAUGUCACGCCAGCACUCUAUGGGAAUACUACUAACACAGAAAAUUCAUCCAAAACUACUAAUCUUGUCACCCCACCAGAAUCAUCCAUGGAAAACAAGGCUAUCACUAGCACUGAUGCUACUGCAGUCAGAUAUACAUCAACUCUAUCCAAACUGACAUCUCCAUGGCUUGCUAAUUUCUCCACCAUUUCUGGAACCACAUCUGUAACUAAUCUGCCUGAAUUUAAACCCACCACCUUACUAAAAACCAUCCCUGUACCCAUGAUAGCUGCAAAUGAACUUCCUUCAACACCAAGGGAGACAGUUGUCUCACCAGUAGAUAUAGUAUCUACCCUUGCUGACAUUAAAUUGAAUUUUUCUACUGAAGAGAGCACUUCUGAGACUAAACACAGAGAAACAGAUGGUACAAGUGUAUUUGGUGAUACAACAGCCCCUGCACCGAAGUCAGCAACAACACAAAGAUUCAAUGGUACUAUGACAACUAAAGAAACAUCUUCCCUUCAUCUUAAAGGAAAAUCAACUAUAGCAGCAGUGUCUGAGGUUUCUUUGUUUUCGACAGUGCUGGAACUGACAGAUGAAUCACAAACAGUGACAGCUUCUGUCACAGUUUCCCCUUUCACCAGUGUAGAAAAAUUGACUAUUUCAUUGAACAAUAAAACUGCAACUACUGAGGUAGAAGGGAGUUUGCUUUCAACAUUGAUGAAAACCACACCUACGUGUUCAUACAAUGGAACUACAGAAAUCUUUAAUUUGACCCACACCUAUAUAGCACACCGGACUUCAGAGACACCCGAGGGGCAUACAGCUCUAUCUCCCACUCCUGAGAGUACCCAGACAUUCAUUGAACCCCUGUAUACUUCCACCACAAGGAUAAUAGGAACCCCUACAGACAGAACAGCUAUGUCCUUGUCUUCUGGUAUCUUGCCACCAAAGACUGCAGAUAUUCAUUCACCAGCCAGCCCUAUGCCUAUUACUCAAACGUUCUCACUGCCAGUUACUGUCUCGCCUGUCGCCUCCAUAGUGGUGUCUGAUGAAACUAAGGUGAUUACACCUAACCAUUCUGCAUUGGCCAAGGAUUUUUCCACAUCUCUCCCCUCAAAUGUUUCAAAUCUGUCAUCAGCUACAAUGACUACAGCAUUGGUGCCACCAUCGAAUCAAACAGCUUCUAUGACCAUUGAUACCAUGCCUACACCUACAGAUUCAUUUCAUACCACUUCAGAGGCCACAAUGAUCUCUACAACAAUGACACCCAUGGCAGUUCUCUCUCAGACAGAAACUGUAGUCCCCUCACUGAGAUCCGUCAUUCCUGUUACAAGUAAGACUAAGGCCACCCUUCCUUCCACCUCAGCUGACACAGUAACUCUAUCCACACACACUCUUGUUUGCUCAAAACCAGCUCCUGACAACAUUCCUAUUGUGUCUUCUACUCAUGCGAUCUCAACUAUAUCUACACCAGUAGCAACUCAACCCAUAUCACAAGUGGAGGAAAUGUCUACCUUUGCUCUUAGCUUUCCGUUUACUUUCAGUGUCAGUGGAGAUGUUGUUAGUUUGGGUACUGGCACCACAGAUAUCUCUAAUGUUGCUGAGACCAUACCUUUGCACACCUCUGCCAAGAAACGUACUGCCUCAGUAGAUGUCCACAUUUCUCAGUCUUCCACACAUUUUGUAAACAUGUCAGCCUCCACCCAAUUAGUGAAUGGCAUCUCUACCUUAUCUUCUGACAAAGAGCAGAUGACUAUCCCACUGGGAGAAACCUCUAGAACUUUGGCGAUGACAGAGAUAUCCCCAUCAAAAAAUUCUUUUAUUUCCUAUUCCCAGAGUACUUCAUCUUUGGAAAUGACUGAUUCAGGAAUUUCUGAGACCACAAAAGUUUCCAGCCACCAAACACAUUCACCUUCAGAGAUUCCACUUGGAACUCCAACUGAUAGGAAUUCAACUUUAUCUACCACUUCCAGGAGCAUCCAGACUACACCUACCUUGACUUCAAGUAACACAGGAGAUGUUCACAUCUCAGAGAUGUCUAACAGCCUUGGGAAAACAACAUUCCCUUCACAAUCUCUGACAAGAACUACCUUUUUGCCUCCUGAAAAGGAAAGUACAAAUGUCCUUUCAAUAUGUACUCCCAGGACUGUGGGAAUGAUAGUAAAUUCCUCCUCUGUGACUCGCCAGGAUGCUUCCUUUGUAGAUACCACAACUUCCAGGACAACCAGAAUAUCAAAUCCCGAGUUCAUCAACACAACUCUUUCACAGUUCUCUUCACUUAAGACUCAACCUGAGGUGACUUCAAUUGCCUCUUCCAUUUCAGAAAGCAUACAAAGUUUCCCUAAGUCCUUGUCUCCUUCCACAACUGGACCAUCCAAUGCCAAUUUUACAGUUCCCUCUAUUGAUGGGAUCACUACAGCCCUUUCUGUUCCAAAUGUACCUACACUUCUUGGGGAAACACAUACGACAAUGUCAAUUCCAAUUCCCCAAACGUCGCCAUUUCCAGUUAAUGUCACUGCAUUCACCUCCAAAAAAGUUUCUGCUCCUUUCACAAUACUAAUGACUAAAUCUUCCAAAACAACAUACCCAGGUUGUUUGAAAAGUUCUUCGAUAGCCACUUCUGGACCUAUGUCUGAUAUAGCUUCAAUUUCAGUUAGCGACUCUACUUUCUCAACUGCAGCAGUUUCUUCUGACACUUCCACAACAGUUGAGUCUUUUUCUAUUUUAUUGUCUCCAACUACCCCUAGGACUACUAUGACUGCACAAACGUCUACAUUGAAUGUCACACUUGUGACAUAUAGUGGGCUGACUUCAAAAAGCAUGGUGGUUUCCUCUGCUUUCGCUACUUCAGAAAUGACAGAAGUGCCCUCCAGGAUCACUCCUACAUCUGUUUCCUCUCCAACAGAGACAACUUUUCUGUCCAUGAAAACCAUUCCAACCACUAUUAUGGCUGGGACAGUGACUUCAGUUGUAGACAGAGCUGCCUCUUCUUUACUCAGCUCUAAGAACACUGAAGCUAUUUCCUCCAUUCCAAAGGCCACCCUUUUUCCAUCAUUAUCAACAACUCAGCAAUCACCACAAGAAGAUGAGUCCAUCCCUCUGGGAGUAUUACCCGGGAUUACUAACAGCUCCCUAUCUACUGUGAGCAAUGCUAGAGUGACAGCUCUCACAAAUACUUAUUUUAGAACUCCUGUCCCCAAAACAGUGCUUUCAUCUACUCCUUCAGAUAAUCAUCAUACUUCCUUGAAUGUUCAGGUUUCCCCAUCUUGGACUAACUUUACAAGCACACCUGGACCUACAGAAAGUAUAAAAGCUUCCACCACUUACCUUUCCUCUAAAACACGAAAGAUGAUUUCUUUGUCAGAAAAUACUUCCUUAACAGCUGAGUUCACGAAAAGCACCACAUCUAAGGAUAUUCCUGUUUUAUACCCUUCAUUGACCCCAUCCAGUGAAACUACACCCUCUUUGACAUCACUUCUUCCUUCACCUCGUGGUACUGAAACCAAGUUUUCUACUCCAAAGAUUUCUCCUACAUCCCAAGUGGUUGGAUUUCCAGUUAUGGGAACAAGACUCACAUCAAGUAACACCCAGUCUUUGCUUGUGACUUCCUGGAACACACAUAGAGCUGAAGAUUCUCAGUUUCCACUUUCCACCAUGACUCACAUGCCUACACCCAACAAGAUGGAAACAGAGACUCUACACCCUGUUCCUGGGUUUUUGUCAACGUUUGCAGCCUCUCAGACUAGUCUAGUCUCUAGAGAUGCUACGGCAGCAUCAUCCAGUCCCACAUCAGGAAUUUUUCCUACCUUCGGGAUUUCUGAGAGCCCUUCAUUAUCAACAUCUUUAAGGGCUAUCCCUACUAGUUGGCCUGAUAUUAAGCACACAUUUGAGAAAACAACCGCAUCUGUAAUUCCUGGGACUACACUCCCACCAAAUCCUCCUCUAAUCCCCAAGACCACCACUUCACCCAUGCUGACUUGUAUUUUAUCUAGUCUUCCAUCAGGUCUCCCCCUGACAACAGUAUCUAAUGCUCCUAAUGUUGUAACAUCCUCUAUGGUAGAGGUGUCAAAGUCCACAUUUCCUACUUCUGACAUGAUCUCAGCAUAUACAUUCACUAACUUUACAACACUACCAUCUGCUACUGGAAACACCAUACUCACCAAAAUCACUCCUACACCUACACUAGGAAGUAUCACUACUGGCUCCCCAACUUCUCUCCCUAUGUCUACAAAAAUCACAGAUAACAGCAUGUACAUUCUCACAUCCCCUGAGAUAGCCUCCAGAACUACUAUGAUGGACAAUUCCAGGACUGUGUUUCAAUCUCCAUCCUUUAGUAGAAUGAGUAUAUCACCUUCUACAACUGAUCACAGUGUAUCUUUUGGUUCCACGCUUCUACCUAGUCCUACAAAAAUAUCUGCAUGGAGUAAAAUCCCAGAUACAUCAGCUUCUCCUACUUUAAUUCUUCCCAAGUCCACACUGGACUCUCUUAUAAAUAUAACCACGACUACAUCUACCACUACUGGAACCUCAUUUCCAUUCAUAUCCACAGGAUUGGCACAUUCUUCUAAAGCUGUUGUGUCCUCUAUUGAGACAACUUGGCCAGACUCUAUGUUUUCCUUUCUAACUACAGAAGCAUUGACCUCAUCAAUUGCCGGUGAGUCCAUAGUUUCCUUCUACAAUAUUGAAAUGAGCUUCUCUGUCUUUGAUGAAGAGUCAAGGGUCCCUAUUACCAGUGUUAUACACGAAUUUGUGAAAAAUUGGUUGAAUUUUAUAUUUGAGGACAGUGAAUUUUGUCUUGCUAAUCUAGCUGUCCAAGUUAAAAGCAGAGACACUUCUAAGGAAGAAAUGGCCAUGUACCAGCAUAUUUUGGAACAGAGAGAAGGGCAAGCAAUGGCUACAAUUUCCCACGUACCAUACAGCUGUGCUUGUCAGGCCAUCAUAAAGGCUAGCUCCUCUCUGGCAUCCAGGGAAUUGAUCAGAAGGGUCAGAAAUAAAAUACAUGGAACCCUCACACAUGGAAACUUCACACAAGAUGAACUGAUAUUAUUGGUAAAGUCUGAUCACGUUGUAGUGAGAAAGCUAGAGCCAGGAAAGUGCAAAGCCGAUGAAACACCCUCUAAAUACAAAGGGACAUAUAAGUGGCUAUUAACCAACCCUACUGAGACAGCUGAAGCUAGAUGCAUAAAAAAUGAGGAUGCAAACGCCACUAGAGUCUGUUCAAUCAACAUCCAAACAGGCAAAUCUCAGUGGGAAAAGCCAAGAUUUAAGCAAUGCAAGUUGCUUCAAGGACUUCCUGAUAAGAUUGUGGAUCUUGCUAAUAUUACCAUAAAUGACGACAAUGCUGAUGAAGUUGCAGAGCACAUUUUAAUUUUGAUAAAUGAAUCUCCACCUCUGGAUGAAGAAGAGACCAGGAUUAUUGUUUCUAAAGUAGCAGAAAUUUCAAAGUGUGAUGAGAUAAGUAUGAACCUAACCCAGGUUAUAUUACAAAUAAUCAGCGCUGUUUCAGAAAAGCAAACUGAUUCUACCUCCAAUCUGCAUCAAGUAAGCAAUGAAAUUCUGAGGAUAAUCGAGUGUGCUGGCCACAAGAUGGAGUUUUCUGGGAGGACAGCAAAUCUGACGGUGUCCAGGCUGGCUUUAGCUGUGCUGCGGGUGGGCCACAGUUUUGAAGGCAUGGCCUUCAGCAUUCACUCCUCCGAGGAUGGCACAGCCCCGGAGAUUUACCUAGGUGCUGUCCCUCUGGGGAGGGUCUUGGCUUCCAUAUAUUUGCCCGAGUCACUGAGUGAGAGAAUUCCUCUUAACAACUUACAAACCAUCUUGUUUAGUUUUUUUGGCCAAACUUCACUCUUUAAGACCAAAAAUGUCACUAAAGCAUUAACCUCAUAUGUUGUGAGUGCCAGCAUUUCAGACACAUCCAUUCAAAAUUUGGCUGAUCCAGUGGUUAUCACUCUGCAGCAUAUUGAAGGAAACUGGAAUUAUGAUCAGGUUCACUGUGCCUUUUGGGAUUUUGAGACUAACAAUGGGCUAGGUGGAUGGAAUUCAUCCGGCUGCAAAGUAAAAGAAACAAACGUAAAUUACACAAUCUGUCACUGUGACCAUCUCACCCACUUUGGAGUUUUAAUGGAUUUAUCCAGGUCAACAGUGGAUCCAGUGAAUGAACAGAUAUUAGUGAUUAUAACAUACACUGGAUGUGGCAUCUCCUCCGUUUUCCUGGGAAUUGCAAUGGUGACAUACAUAGCUUUCUACAAACUUAGAAAAGAUUAUCCUUCCAAAAUCCUGAUCAACCUGUGCACAGCAUUACUGAUGCUAAACCUAGCAUUUCUGAUCAACUCGUGGUUGUCGUCAUUUCAGAAUGUGGGCCUUUGUAUCACAGCCGCAGUGGCACUUCAUUACUUCCUGCUUGUUUCUUUAACAUGGAUGGGCCUGGAGGCAGUCCACAUGUAUUUUGCUCUAGUCAAAGUCUUCAACAUGUACAUUCCAAAUUAUAUCUUUAAAUUUUGCCUGGUUGGUUGGGGAGUCCCAGCGAUCACCGUGGCAGUCAUACUCAGUGUGAGAAAAGAUCUAUAUGGGACGCUGAGCCCAACAACUCUGUUUUGUUGGAUUAAGGAUGAUUCUGUCUUUUACAUCUCGGUAGUGGCUUAUUUUUGCCUCAUAUUUUUUGUGAAUCUCUCCAUGUUCUGCAUUGUUCUUGCUCAACUGAAUUCCAUGAAAUCCCAAAGGCAGAAGACUCGGCGGAAGAUGAUCCUACGUGACCUCAAAGGCACACUAAGCCUGACAUUCUUACUUGGCCUCACCUGGGGGUUUGCCUUUUUUGCCUGGGGACCUGUGAGGAUCUUUUUCUUGUAUCUUUUUGCCAUUUGCAAUACUUUGCAAGGAUUCCUCAUUUUUGUGUUUUACUGCGUGAUGAAGGAGAGUGUGCGGGAGCAGUGGCACAUACACCUCCGUUGUGGGUGGUUGCACCUGGAUAACUUUUCUGAUGGGAGCAACAGAUGUGGGAUAAAUGUUGGGUAUAAACAAGAGCAACUGAAGAAGACCUUUGAGCACAAAUUGUUGACGCCAUCCCUCCAGUCAACUGCAACUAGCUCCACUCUCAAAUCUUUAGGCUCUGGACAAGGCACUCCUUCAGAAAUAAGCUUCUGAAAUGAUGACUUUGAUGAAGAUCCCUACUCUUCAUCUUCCUUGAGUUGCAAAGUUAUGCCUAAUUGUAACCAGGACUAUGUGGAUGAUGCCAAGAUUCUGGAGUUUGGGACCUGUGACAUUUUCUGA